AAAACUAGAACUCUAUCAUUCUGCAAUGAAUCUUUUACCAGCACAUGCAUUUCCAGAUCUUUACAAGCCUCAUCAAGCACACAACAGAAUCCUUAUCGACAGAGCACCCAUGACUCACUACAAGCAUUUUUCAACACAGGUCUACAAUAUCAACUCUAUCAAAAAUCAUCCCUGAUGGGAGCUGCAGAUAGCCGAAACAGCGCUAGUGGGAUCAUGGCUGGAAUACCCGGAUCAUCGCUUGUUGGAGCAUUAUGUGGAAAUCCGUCCGAAAGACGUAAACAACGACGGAUCCGUACAACGUUUACUUCCGGUCAGUUAAAGGAGUUGGAGCGAAGUUUUAUGGAAAGUCACUAUCCGGACAUUUACACACGAGAAGAUAUCGCUAUGAGGAUUGACCUUACAGAAGCUAGGGUACAGGUAUGGUUCCAAAAUCGGCGUGCCAAGUACCGUAAACAAGAAAAACAGCGACGAGCCAAGGAAGAAGGAGAAGACUCGGAGAAGAAAUCCGAAGUGGACGAGAAGAUUUGCAUUGGAGAUUCGACACUAUCCGAUCUAGUCGACCAGUAA